UACUUCUUCAUUCUUCAGUUUCUUUCUCCACAUUAUUACAAAAAAGAAACACAAAAAAUGGAGUUGUUUAAGAAAAAUUCUUCUGUUUGGGCUUUAUCAGUUUAUUUAUUUAGCUUAUUUGUAGUUUUAUCAAACAUUAAUGUUGUGUUUGCUUCUCAUAAUGUUUUUGUGGACUUGCAAUCUUCAAGUGCUGUUAGUGUCAAAAACGUUCAUAGAACUGGUUUCCAUUUUCAACCCCCAAAGCAUUGGAUCAAUGCACCAAUGUAUUACAAUGGAGUCUAUCAUUUAUUUUAUCAGCACAACCCAAAAGGAUCAGUAUGGGGCAACAUUAUUUGGGCCCAUUCAGUCUCCAAAGACUUGAUAAAUUGGAUCCAUUUAGAGCCUGCAAUUUAUCCAUCCAAAAAAUUUGACAAAUAUGGUGCAUGGUCCGGGUCAGCAACUAUUCUACCCGGUAACAAGCCCAUUAUUUUAUACACUGGAGUAGUAGAUGUCCACCAGGCCCAAGUCCAAAACUAUGCUGUCCCAGCCAACUUGUCUGAUCCAUAUCUUACUAAAUGGAUCAAGCCUGAUAACAACCCCUUGAUUGUUCCUGACAAUAGCAUCAACAAAACCAAAUUUCGUGACCCAACAACAGCUUGGAUGGGCCAAGAUGGGCUUUGGAGAAUUGUGAUAGGAAGUUCGAGAAAACAUAGGGGAUUGGCCAUAUUAUACAAAAGUCGAGAUUUUAUGAGAUGGGUCAAGGCCAAACAUCCACUUCAUUCAUCAGCUAAUACUGGAAACUGGGAAUGUCCUGAUUUUUUUCCUGUAUCAUUGAAGAAUACUAAUGGUUUAGACUCAUCGUAUCGCGACGAAAAUGUUAAAUAUGUCCUUAAAAAUAGCCUUGAUGUCACUAGGUUUGAGUACUACACCAUUGGCAUGUAUGAUAUCAAAAGAGAUAGGUACAUUCCAGAUAACAACUCUAUCGAUGGUUGGAAGGGAUUGAGGCUCGACUAUGGAAAUUUCUACGCGUCUAAAUCAUUCUAUGACCCUAGCAAGAAUCGAAGAGUGGUGUGGGGUUGGACUAAUGAGUCUGAUGUUUUACCAGAUGAUGAUAUCAGGAAAGGAUGGGCUGGAAUUCAAGCUAUUCCACGCAAAGUAUGGCUUGAACCUACUGGUAAACAAUUGGUCCAAUGGCCUGUCAAAGAAUUAGAGACCUUACGAAAGAAAAAAGUGCAGUUAAACAAGAAGAAGUUGCGCAAGGGAGAAAAGGUCGAAGUUAGAGGAAUCACACCAGCACAGGCUGAUGUUGAAGUAACAUUCUCUUUUUCAAGCUUGGACAAGGUAGAGCAAUUUGAUCCUAAAUGGGCUGACCUUUAUGCCCAAGAUGUUUGCGCCAUUAAGGGCUCGACUGUUCAAGGUGGGCUUGGGCCAUUUGGACUUGCAACAUUAGCUUCUAAAAACUUGGAAGAAUACACGCCUGUUUUCUUCAGAGUGUUCAAGGCCCAAAAAAAUUAUAAGGUUCUCAUGUGCUCAGAUGCUAAAAGGUCCACCAUUAGGCAUAAUGAAGCAAUGUACAAGCCCUCAUUUGCUGGAUAUGUGGAUGUAGAUUUAGUAGACAAGAAGCUAUCUCUUAGGAGUUUGAUUGAUAACUCUGUAGUGGAAAGUUUUGGCGCUGGUGGAAAAACAUGCAUAACAUCAAGGGUUUAUCCAACACUAGCUAUUCAUGAAAAUGCACAUUUAUUUGCCUUCAAUAAUGGCACAGAGACAAUCACAAUUGAGACUUUGAAUGCUUGGAGCAUGGGUACACUUAGGAUGAACUAAAACAAUUUCAAGAAAAGAAUUAUGUCUACAACUAUAUGUGUACUCAAUAUGUCCUCAAGAGUCCUCAAUAAUUGUCUCUCAUUUAUUUUGGUGAAUUUAGAGGCCAUAGAGUAUGUAUAUGGACUUCUAUAUUACCAUGCUUAUGUAUGCAUACUAAGAAAUUUGUU